UGUGGUAGACGGACUGACUACCAGAGAUGCUGGAAUUGAUACUCGGCGAGAGGCUCACUGCUGACAAUUUUGUCAGGCAUAUAAGCAAGUGCAAAUGGGGGCCUUCGCAAUCCCCGGACCUAAACCCUAUAGAACAUCUCUGGAAGCACGUUAAAAGGCAACUGACAUGAAAAAAUCGGAACGCAAAAUAACCCAACAGACGUCUAUGAAAAAUUGGUGUCUUCUAUGAGCAGAAGAUAUCAGGCAGUGUUGAAUACUAAAGGCUAUGCUACCAAAUGUUAGCUAUACAGUAUUUUUUUAAUCUUUUUG